GCUUCGGCCGCGUGAGAUGGGGUCCCAGCUGCCCGAAGUGGUGCUAGUGCGCAUCUUCUCCUUCCUGGACGCACACAGCCUGCUGCAGGCUUCCCAAGUCAGCAAGUAUUGGAAUAAGGUCGCAGAGCGUGACCACCUGUGGAGAACGCUGUGCCUGAAGAGGUGGAGCUUCUGCAGCGCCGUGCACCAGCGCCUAGACACGUGGACAUGGAAGCAGUUGUUCUUCCACCAGAGAAAGCAGGAGCGGCGGCUGACGUUGUCCCAGCCGGAGGACUUCGUCUGCAAAGAAGCGAGCGGGAACCUUGGAUUCUUGGGCCCCAUGGAGUAUCUCUCUGAAAAUGGCCUCACCAUGGACGGCAAAGAGAAGUCCGUCCUUUGCACGGUGUCUUCUAACCGCCUGCUGUACGUCUGGGAUGUGCAGGAGGGCGCCAUCCUCUGGGCCAGUCCGGUGCAGAAGUCCAGGAUCGAGAAGCUGGUGACCCUCCCUCAGAUGUACCUGGUGAUGACCGUGGACGUGGAGGGGACCAUCAAGGUGUGGAACUGCCAGGAUGAGGACGCCCUGGCUGCCCUCACCAUGCCUCGUGGCUGUGUGUCUGUGGACGCCUGUCUCACAAAGGACGGCCCGUUCCUACUGGUGGGGGAUUCGCAAGGAGACAUCUAUACCUUCACGGUGCCCGAGUUAAAGCAGGUUUCGAAAGUGACGGGGUAUCAGUUCAGCGUCGAUCUCCUGCACUGCUCUCCCGACAAGAAGUGGGUCUUCGCCUGUGGGAAACUUCAAAACUUCACGUCGAAGGUGUUCCUCAUGGAGGGCUUGCUGAGCGGCACCCAUCAGACCGUCCCGCUGCCGUUCUCGUCCUGCUGCCGAGCCUGCUGGGCCCCGGGGAGGGACAGCAGGAUAACCAUGAUGUGCCAGCGAGGCCCCAACAGAAAAACAGGCUUCCCCACCUUCGAGCUGCUCACCGAGAGGACGCAGGGCAAGACCGCCAUCCGAGCGCAGCAGCUGGCCAGCUUCCUGCUGUCGGACAACCUGGAGAGUCCCAACUGGAUGGGCGUCGGCACCGACGACAUGAUCGUCUUCGACAGCGGGCCCUACCUGUACCUGUCCACCAUUGGUGGCCUCAUCGUGCAGCGGUUCCAGGACCACCAGGGCGCCAUCUGCAGCCUGUGGGUGGAUUCUCUCCGCGUCCUCACCACUUCCGUGGACAACGCCCUGCACGUGUACAUGUGGGAGAAGGGGAGCAGCUACCCAUACCUCCAGAGCUGCUGCCACCUGGAACACAGGUCACACGGCCAGCCGUCGGGCAGCUACGCCUCCAGCGUGACAUGUGACAGCAUGAGCAUUGUCCGCAUGGUGUCCAGGAGCCGCCACUCCAGCGUCCUGAUGAUGUACUCUUUGAACAUGUGACAUGGGGACUAAUAAACACGGCAGAUCUGUUAGAACACGCAAA